AUGGAGUUUAAUUUCAACAUCGAAAACGUGGUCACCGAAGAGGUGCUGAAGAUAAGCCACACACUAACGGUCCAUGGACAUGAGGAAAACGACGAUUUGAAAAACAUAAUGAGAAUGAUCAUUGACGAAAUGGGUAAAGCAUCAGCUGUAUCUCAGGAGUUAAAAGUGCCAAUAACCAGUGCCAAUAGACUUGUUAAUUCUGAUCAUGUAAUUUAUAUGAUGACUGAACACAAUAAGCCAGGUCAUUUUGCUGUUGUUGGAUUUUUGAAKAUGGGGUGGAAAAAAUUGUUUCUCUACAACAAACAAGCUUCAAGGUCAGAAGCCAGGGUCUACUGUUUAUUAGAUUUUUACAUCCAUGAAAGCAGACAGCGUAAAGGUUAUGGAAUACGUUUAAUUCAAUGCAUGUUACAGGAUAUUGGUUUAGAAGCCAAACAUUUAGMUAUUGACAAACCAACCAAAAAACUAUUACAGUUUAUGUGGAAGCAUUUUCAAUUAUCUAAAUUGGUAAACCAGGGAAACAAUUUUGUUAUCUUCGAAGAAUUUUUCCACACUACAUCAAUUGAAGAGGAAAAAAGUAAUCAUAAUAAUGCUGGAAUUCGAGCUGAAGCUUAUAAGAGUCAACCAAUGUUCGGACGGCAUGGAGCUCAUAAACAUCAUGAUUCAAUGGCUGAAAUUAUACAAGGUGAAGGCAAUGCUGCAUUUGUUAAGUUCAAGUACAACCAAGACACUGACUUUGUUGAUAAUCAAUUCAAGGAAGUGAAUCCAAAUCCUGAUAGUAAAGGUGCAUUUAAGACUGACAAGGGCGGAUACUCAGAAAAACGAGAUCUGAAAUUCCAUCACAAUUCUCUGUGGUAACUUAAAAUCUUACCUUAUCCAUACAAUCCUUACAUCCCCAUCAACACUUUCUUCUAAUGCACUAAAAUCACUACCAACUUUACAUUUAAAAUUGUACGAACAUUAACUAAAACUAAUUUAUGUUUAUUCUUUAUAAUAGUAUAAUAUUGUAAUUGUCUUACAGAAUGUAG